AGAGCAGACAAUCUGCAGAGGGCAGCUGAAGUAUUUAGAAGAAUAAUACUUUUCAUUAUUAAAUAAAUGGGUGGGUGGGUUCUUUGUUUUUUCUCCAAAGGCUGUCCCACCAAAGGAAUAGCAGAUCUCACCCUUUGUUCUGUUCCCACUUAUUUGCUUUUAGGAUUCCCUCUGCUUUGGAUGGGAAGUGCAGUGUUUUCUGAGCUGCUGACUUCCGUGAAGAUGAAAUGUUUCUGUCCCUAGUGUAAUUUACUUACACAGAUGAGGAGUCUGGGUCUUCUGUUGAGGGAAGGACCUUCAUGACUAGGAAACAUUUUUCUGUCCUAUUUGCUGCUGCUUAGUUCCUUUCCCUUGGAAUUCAGUAAGCAUGGGGCCAUCGAAUGGAGAUGAGGAAGAGGAGAGUAUAAUCCUGAUCAGUGAUGAUGAAGCAGAGAACACACUUGGGAGUUCAGUUGUGGUAGUAGAGCCGCUGGAGAAGACGGUCCUGGAAGAGGAGAAAUCUGGAGAGGUUGUGGAUGAGGAAUGUGAACUAAUGGUUACUUUCUGUAAACAAGCCAAAGUUAUGCCUCAUGCAAGAUAUGACUGUACAGUACAUCUGUUUGAGCGAAUGGAAUGUGAUACAUGUUCACCCCUUGGAAAAAAUGCUGAUAUUUGUAAUCAGUGCUACUGCUACAUUUGUGAUAAGCUAGCUUCUGAGUUCUCCUCAAAUGUUGAUAUCUAUCUGCUUUACAACACUACUAAUACUUUUUAUUUAGUCAAUGUCUGAUGUUACUACUAGUAAUCUGUGCCAGAACUGGACAACUCCUUCCCUCUGUCAUUGCAAUGCGCAUAACAAAAGCAAAUUCUGGAAGGACCAGCGUGAUUUUUCCUUGGCUGGUGUUCUUGUAAUGUUCAAUUUGGAGCUCACAGACAUAGAUGCAGACCUUCGGCAUGGUGGAAGUCUUCUAAUAAAUUUUAUCCAUGAACUUUCUGUGGAAUAUAAUAAGUAUUUGACUGGAGAAAGAAUGCCUUCCAAACAACAUGAAUGUUUUUGUCUUCCAAAACUGCCACCUGGGCAAUGCAAUACCUGCAAAUCACACCAUAUGGAGGUUGUAUACAAGUAUUCUGGAGUUUUUGCACUGGUAACAAGAUUUUUAGAUCAGGCAGAAAGAGAGAAUCCUAAAGCUGCUGCUGUCAUGUUUCUGGGAGCAGCUAAAGAGAUAGCACUUCAUAAAGACCCUGCUUUAAGCUGGCAGAACCUUGGUCAAACUGCUUCACUAAAGAUUGCUGUCCCUUGUCUGCUGCAAAGGAUCACAACACAACUUCAAAGGAUGCUGGUGUUGUGUGACUUCCCGAAAAGCUUGUAUGAAAAGUUUGUUAAUUUUUUUCAGUCCAUAUCACUUCCAUGUCACUGUUUUGGCUUCUCAAAUAGCUUAAAUGUUGUACCAUGGGACCAUGUAUUACUGACCACUGUUUUAAAAGGCCAGAAUAUUACUGGCCAAAGAACACAGAAGGGAAGAAAAGUAUUUCUGUGGGAAACACUUCCUGUUAUACAGGCUCGAGUGGAAAAAUUGGUAGAUAAAUCAAACUAUAAAGAAGUUGUUCGCUACCUGAGAGCUGUGAAAUGCAAUGAUAGCAAAGGGUUAAGAGAUCUUAGAGACAAAAUCCCAUUCUAUUUGUGUAAAACUGGAGACUUCCUCGAUGCUGCACAUUCACUGUUGUUUCCAGUCAAUAGCCUUGCGUGCUGUACUGCCUGCCGGAUAACACCGUUACAAUUUGAAGUCUACCUAAAGAUGUUCAGAACUGGCAGCGUCCCCAGUGGAAAGGAUUUUCAAGACUCUGGGCCUUGGGUUACAAUCGGCUCUCCUUUGAAAGAUGGUGUUCUAAUUAAGCAGGCACUGAAACUGCUUUACAGCAAUCUUUUGCUAUACAGGAAUCCUAAAUGUUGGAGUUCUCUCAUCAUGAUUUUGGGCAGUAGCAACUUGCUUGGAAAAAACGGAUACCUACAUCCUUUGUCACUGAAAGAGCCACCACUUGAAUUCCAAGAGGAGGUGCUGGCUGCCAGUAGUGGUCUUUUGGAAGAACUGAAGGCAAAAGUUAAUGUUACUUUACCAUCUGCUAUUUUCUCUCCUCAUUUGCAGCGUGAGGCUUGUCUUAUUCUCGCAGUGCAAGCAGUACAGCAGAUGCUUUUCUGUGAUCUUCCAUACUUGACUUCCUUCCUAGAGAUAGCCUUGGCAUUUGGGAAUAACUUUUGGGCUCUGAGGCUAUUACUAGAUCAUCUUUCCUAUGAAGAACAUGUUCUCCAUGGCACUGUCAACUUGAUUUUGAAAGAUCUGAAUUGUCGAAAAGCAACAAUGCUAAAACUAUGGCAAAACCUUGGUCCUCAGUAUGUGGGUGAAUUCCUUUGCCUGUUCCUGACUUGCAGGCAUAAGAAAAUGCAGUCCAUUGGCCUGUUCACUCUGAGUAUUAUUACAGAGAACCUGCAUAUGUGUCCAUGGGCAAAGCAUCUUUGCAAUUUCUUUCACAAUGCAGGAUUAAGGCACCUUCCUCUUGGCACUACAGCUCAUCAUGAAGUCUCCAAGUUCAUAAACAUUUUGGAAAAUCUGUAAUUUUGCUAAAAUUCAUAAGGAUUUUUUUUAAAAAAUUGUCUUAAUCUAAAUGUCUUCCAAGAUUUCCUUGCAUUUUGCUUUGGUUGUCAUUUCUUCCUUCCUUUAAAUGCGUUCAGCUGAAGAACUGACUUCAAAUUUAAUAACAAAAUCCUCGAUUUAAGCAAACAGUGGCUAUAUUUCAGCAAAAGUGCUCUUGAAAUUUUGUUUCUUUCAGGUCCAUAUAUUAAGCGAUUGUUUCUGACUUGGAGAUCAGAAAUCUACGAAAACUGUCUACAGAGAGGUGCUGUUUGGGGUCAGGGGAGAAACAGGGACAAAGUAGAAAGCAGCACAACUCUUUACUUCUGUGUUGUACAAAUAGGGUUCUGGGCAAAAUGUCUGCAGCAGAGCAACUGCUGAGGAAGUGGAAGUUCCCUACGUAAUGGAAACAGUACUACAAUAUGUGAUAAAAUACUGUUUCCAUUCCCUCUUUUAUUGGAUACAUAAUUAUAAAAAAAGAAAAAAACACUGCUCUUCAAGUAGUAUCUUUUGGCCUCCAUUUUUUUUUUUUUUUUUUUUUUUUUUUUGUACUUGCUUCAAGAAAUCAGAUUCAGAAGGGCCUAAUGAGGUAAAUAGCUUGUUUUGUUUGUAUAUACAAAAUCUAUUUUUUAGGUUUUUCAACUGCAGGACUUUGUUUUUACUACAAUACUACACUAGAUGACUGUUAGGCUGGUACUGAUGCCUCUCUUGGUUACUUAUACUGACCAUUAUAAGGAUGCAGUAGUUGACUUUUGAACUGUGGAUUUAGAAAUGGAGAUACAUUUGUAGCCUGAUUAUGCUGUUAGCUACACUGUGAUGCCUGUCUGCAUUGGUUUGGUGGUCGGAGGGGAAAAAAUACUAACAUGUUAUGUACCGUAUUUUGCACACUUCAGGCUUGCAGUGGCUUUUGAAGCUUCUUUAUUUUUCAAGUCUUCUAUAAAAAUUUAGAUGCAUCUAAAACGAC